AAAAGAAAACGUACAGCUGGGACAUAUAAACGAUGGCGGUUUGGAGAGUGAAGUUCACAAAAACUAAGAGGGACAAGCUAGCACAGGUUCUUUGGAUCCUGAACUGGUUCUCUGUAUUAACGGGGGCAAUCCUCUUCAGCUUGGGGAUCUUCCUAAAGGUGGAGCUCAACAAGCAAGAAGAGAUGAUGGCUGAUAGGGACAUUCAUUACGUGCCCAACAUGCUGAUUGCUGUGGGCCUCAUCGCCUGUGCCAUAAACUUUCUGGGAGGGAAGAUCUGCUAUGACUGCGUGGACACCAACAAGUUCCUGCGCUGGAAGCUGAUUAUGUUGCCCUACAUCAUCUUCACCUUCUUCUUCACUUUCUGUGUGCUGGUGGGGGCUCUGAUGUGUUACACCAUGCGUGGGGAGCUGGAGGAAUCAUUGAACCUGGGGCUGACACAGGCCAUGAAGUUCUAUAAGGACACAGACACCCCGGGACGAUGCUUCCUGAAGCGUACGGUGGAUAUACUGCAGAUAGAGUUCCAGUGCUGUGGGAACAAUGGAUAUAAAGACUGGUUUCAAAUCCAGUGGAUCAGCAACCGAUACCUGGAUAUGACCCACAAAGACGUGGCGGACCGGUUAAGAAGUAAUGUGGAGGGAAAGUACCUGAUGGAUGGAGUCCCCUUCAGCUGCUGUAACAUUGACUCCCCCCGGCCCUGCAUCCAGCAGCAGAUCACCAACAACUCGGCUCAUUUUAACUACGAGCACCAGACGGAGGAGCUCAACCUGAGGAUGAAGGGCUGCCGCCAGGCGCUGCUGGACUACUUCACCCACAUCAUGCAGUCCAUCGGCCUCACCGUCCUCAUCAUCUGGCUGUUUGAGCUGUCAGUGUUGACGGGGGUUCGUUUCCUCCAAACCUCUCUGGAAAAUGUGCUGAAACAGGGGGACCCCGACUCUGAAUCUGACGGCUGGCUGCUAGAAAACAGCUUUAUGGAGACGGCCCGCACCAACCUGAACAUCAUCAAGAGCCUCGGCAAGAGCAACCAGAUAGACGACGGAAACAAUGGAGACCCCAACAUUAACGUGCCCUCAACCUCUAUAGCAAACUAUGGGCCAGAUAAUGUACCGCCUAAGGAAGCACCUAAAGCCAGUUGA